CCGUCGCAUGGAAUAAGCCCCCACCAACUUCUUCCCUUCACUUUCGCCAACAUGGGACGAUUUUUCACCAUCUCCCUGGCUGCCUUUGCGGCAACAGGGUCUUUCUUGUUUGGUUAUGACAGCGGUGUUAUGACUGAUGUAAUUGAAUCGAAGAACUUUUUGAACUUCUUCAAUACUACUCAGACAUCAGCUAUCAUCGGAGCGAUCAAUAGUACUUUCUCGGGAGGAGCCGCUGUUGGUGCCCUCCAGGGUGGCCUUACGAUGGACCGUUUUGGGCGCAAAUUUACUAUCCAGAUGGGAGCCUUUAUCUGUCUUGUCGGCGCCAUUUUACAGUCCGCAGCUCAGAACCUGUCUAUGAUCUUGGUCGGCCGUAUUUUUGCUGGAUGGGCGGUUGGCCUGAUGUCUAUGUCAGUUCCAGUGUACCAAGCUGAGGUCGCCCAUCCACGCUCCCGUGGUUUAAUUGUCGGUCUGGCACAGCAAAUGAUUGGAGUUGGUUUUAUCGUCAGCACAUGGGUCGGCUACGGAUCUCUCCACGCGCCUGACACGAGCGAGUUUCAAUGGCGUUUUCCAUUGGCAUUCCAAGCGGUCCCGGCGCUCUUGCUGGCAAUAGGAAUGUUCUUCAUGCCCGAGUCUCCUCGAUAUCUAAUUGAGAAGGAGAAGUAUGACGAGGCAUUGAGAAUCUUGAAAAAGCUUCACUAUGAUGGCACAAAUGACGACUGGAUUCAAAGGGAACACACUGAGAUUAGAGCCACGAUUGAGGCGGAGAAGGCUGUGACUGCUCCAGGAUGGUUGAUCAUGUUCAAAGUUCCCCAGUGGCGGAAUCGACUGAUGCACGGUACUCUUGUCCAAGUCUUCACUCAGAUGACGGGGGUCAACGUGAUAGGCUACUAUCAGACGAUUAUGUACAAUACGCUUGGUAUUACAGGCAAUCGUAAUACGCUGGUCGCUGGUAUUUAUAACUGCGUUGGCCCACUCACCAACUUGAUCUUUAUUGUCUUUCUUCUUGAUCGGGUCGGAAGACGGAAGCCUAUGCUUUUCGGCACGGUCACUAUCACCAUUGCCCUGAUCUGCGAAGCAGCUCUCAACUCGCAGAUCAAAACUGGCGAAGUCAACCGAGGAUAUAGCAUUGGCGGUGUCUUCUUCAUCUUUUGCGUCACCGUUCUCUUCUCUCUAUCAUUCGGCCCCACCAGCUGGACAUACAUGGCGGAGGUCAUGCCGAUGCAGAUCCGUGGGCGAGGAACGGCUUUUGCGACAGCUGUUGGGAAUUGGACCGUCAGUACACUGUGGGCGCAGGUCUCCCCCAUCGCUCUGGCAAGUAUUGGUUGGAAAUUCUACUUCAUCUUUGUGGCCUUCAACAUUUGCGUCACGUUCCCCACCGUGUUCUUCGUCUUCAAGGAGACCAAACAAAAGUCUCUAGAAGAGAUCGAUCUCCUGUUCGGUGGCCGUGCUCUCGGCCACCUGCCAGCGGAUGUGGAAUCUAAGAUGACCGCAGAAGCCGACAAGGCCGAGGAGACGGGUAUCACUGUUACAAACGUGGAGCACAAGGACUGAGGUCUAUGUGGUCUAACCGUGGACACUUGGAUGCAGGUGGGAAGGAGUUAUCUUUUGAGGCAUAGCUCUG